CAUCAAUCAACAGAUAAACACACACCCUACAAGAGUUCUGAGAUUCAGGAGCCAGAUAUCAUCGUAUCAGAUUUAGUUAAGCAUGGCAAAGAAGAACAUUGAUUCUGUGGAGGAAGUGAAGAACAAGCAGGUGAUAUUGAGGGAAUAUGUCACUGGUCGUCCGAAAGAAUCAGACUUUUACAUAACUACAAGUACCAUCAAGCUUCAAGUUCCUUCUGGAUCCAAUGCGGUUCUGGUCAAGAAUCUGUUCCUUUCUGUUGAUCCUGUCAUGCAGUUCCAAAUGAGGGAAAUGAAGCACCAAAACCUUGCUGAAUAUCAAUAUUAUACCCCUGGCUCUCCUAUAAAUGGGUUUGGAGUGGCUAAAGUUGUGGAUUCAGGGGAUCCAAACUUCAGUGUUGGUGAUUUGGUUUGGGGAACAACUGGUUGGGAAGAAUAUAGUCUCAUUCAACAACCACAGAAACUCUUUAAAAUCCAGCACACUGAUGUGCCUCUUUCCUUCUACACUGGAAUUCUUGGUAUGGCUGGCAUUACUGCUUAUGCUGAUGUCUAUGAAGUUUGUACUCCAAAGAAAGGAGACAGAAUCUUUGUCACAGCAGCAUCAGGAGCAGUUGGUCAGUUGGUUGGACAAUAUUGUAAGUUGAUGGGUUGUUAUGUAGUUGGAAGUGCUGGUAGUCAAGAAAAGGUUGAUCUGCUGAAGAACAAGCUUGGUUUUGAUGAUGCUUUCAAUUACAAGCAAGAGCCUGACUUGGAUGCAGCCAUGAAAAGGUAUUUCCCAGAAGGAAUAGACAUCUGUUAUGAGCAAGUGGGUGGCAAAAUGCUUGAUGCAGUGCUUAGGAACAUGAAAGUGCAUGGUUGUAUCACUUUGUGUGGGAUGAUUUCACAGUACAAUAUUGCUGAGCCUGAAACCCUAAAGAAUGUGAUGCAGAUUGUUCUCAGAAGGCUAACUAUAAAAGGGUUUACACACAGAGAUCACCACCAUCUCUAUCCAAAGCUCUUAGACACUGUGCUUCCUUACAUCAGAGAGAAGAAGGUUGUGUAUGUUGAAGACAUUGUUGAAGGACUUGAGGAUGGCCCAGCAGCCCUUGUUGGCCUCUUCAGUGGAAGAAACUUUGGAAAGCAAGUACUUGCAGUUGCUCAUGAAUGAUCUUUCAACUACAUCACAGUAAAUCUUUUGACGCUAGCUAGUAUAUAUUUUCUAGUAUAUUCAAUAAAUGUUAGAUUAUUUACUUGGUUGCAAGCUUUAAAGUUAUUAGAAAAAUGAAAUAAGGUUGUGGGGUCCUAAAGAUAAAGGGUUUGUUGUUCAUUUCUUUCCCUUGAUGACACACAAUAAGCAAGAAUGCAAAGAUUUAACAAUAGAUUAUUGUAUAAUUUUUAUGUGAGUUGAUGGCUAAUGAAUAGUGAUAUGAUUUGAUGAAUAUGA